GCGCGGGGGAUGCCGGGAAACGGGAGGGAUGAUUCAAAUAGAGAGGACGGGAGAGGCGGAGCGAAAGGCCGGGUACAGCAGGAGUCAGAUGGCGGACGGGUGUGCAGACAGCAUGCAGACAGUUGACCUCCUUGAGAAGAACUUGAAAAAAAUCCAGGACCACUUAUCACUUCUGGACAUGCUUCAGAUGAAGGUGACAGAUGUUUGUGCAGGGUGUGAGAAGACCCGCCGAGACAUGGAGGCCGAGGAGGAGAGGCUGGCAGAGCUGGAAGCCCAGUUGAAGAUCCAGAAUGACACGUCGGACAAGGAGGAGGACGACGAUGAGGAGGAGGAGGAGGAUGACGACGACGAAGAUGACAACGACGAUGAGAAGGAGAAUGGUAUACUGGAGACGGUCAGGACCAACAUAGCUCAGCUGAGGGUAAAGAUAGAAGCCAUGUCCCAGGAGGCUACUGAGCUGGCGGCAGAUUUGACCAGGUGUGCCCAGCAGAAGAUGGUCUUGGCAGCAGGCCUUGAGGAGGUCCUGAAGGGCAAGCAAGGUGCCCACCAGCGGCGGGCAGAGCCCCUUUCCUGUGACCAGAAAGCAAAGCGCCUGAAAGAGGAUGGAGGAGAAGGAGAUCAGGAGGUCCCAGCCCCAUCUCUACUGCUGCAAGAGGAGGCGGCUGCUGACCUCAGAGCAGAGGACCCUUCUGUCCAGGAAGAGGCUGACACUGGAGCCCUCCAGACCAGCUGCUCACCCCCUACUGAACAACACCCCAUUCUGGCAACAGCGGGGCUGUGUUGUCGUGCCACUGAGGAGGAGGAAUGGACUUAA